CUAGAACUCUUCAAUUUUGAAGGCAAAUUAAGACAAGCAGUUGAAAGCAAAAUUCUAGAAAAUGUCAACAGAUUCGCCACCGAAAACGGUGGCUUAUUUCCUUGACCCUGAUGUUGGAAAUUUCCAUUAUGGCCCAGGACAUCCUAUGAAACCUCAUCGUAUAGCUCUGACACACAGUCUAGUAUUAAACUACAACCUUCACAGUAAAAUGGAGAUAUACCGGCCCUACAAAGCCUCCGCCCACGAUAUGUGUAGGUUUCACUCAGAAGAGUACAUUGAUUUCCUACAGAGAGUCUCGCCAAAUAAUGUCACCAAUUUCACUAAACAGCUCAGUAUGUUCAAUGUCGGUGAUGACUGUCCUGUUUUUGAUGGCUUGUUCGAUUUCUGCUCCAAGUACACUGGUGCAUCACUAGAGGGCGCUGUGAAACUCAACAACAAACACUGUGACAUAGCAGUGAAUUGGUCUGGGGGACUUCAUCAUGCCAAGAAGUUUGAGGCCUCUGGGUUCUGUUAUGUUAAUGACAUUGUUAUCGCAAUAUUGGAGCUUCUAAAGUACCACCCUCGAGUGCUGUACAUUGAUAUUGACAUUCAUCAUGGCGACGGAGUACAGGAAGCGUUCUACCUCACUGAUCGAGUCAUGACCGUGUCCUUCCACAAAUACGGAAACUACUUCUUCCCCGGCACAGGCGAUAUGUACGAGAUUGGUGCUGAGAGUGGUCGACAUUACUCCGUCAAUGUGCCGCUAAAAGAAGGGAUAGAUGAUCAAACUUACAUCCAGCUCUUUCAGCAAGUGAUGAAAUCUGUGAUGGACUUUUACCAGCCAACUUGUGUAGUAUUACAGUGUGGAGCUGACUCUUUGGGCAAUGAUCGUUUAGGAUGCUUCAACUUGAGUAUAAAAGGCCACGGGGAGUGUGUGAGGAUUGUAAAAGAGUUCAACAUCCCGAUGCUGGUGCUGGGGGGAGGGGGGUACACCAAGAGGAACGUGGCCCGCUGCUGGACCCACGAGACCGCCGUGCUACUCAAUGAAGAACUCAACAACGAGAUUCCAUUCAAUGAUUACAUCCAGUAUUUUGCUCCAGAUUUCACUCUUCAUCCAGAUGUAUCAACAAAACAGGAAAAUCUCAAUACAAAACAGUACCUGGAUAACGUGAAGGCGACGGUACAUGAACACCUGAGGAACCUGAUCAACUCCCCCAGUGUCCAGAUGCAGGACAUUCCUCCGGAUCUCCUCAGUCUGGAGAACACAGAGGAACAUGAUCCAGAUAUCCGGAACCAUCAGGAUCAGACAGACAAAAGAAUUGAUCCUAAUAAUGAGUUUUACGAUGGAGACCAAGACAAUGACAAAGAUGGUUUCUUGGAUGUCUGACAAAAAGCAGUGUGACAAACAUCAGAAAAAAUGAUUAAGGACUAGAAAAUUAGAUGCUAGUACCAGUAUCUAGCAAAGCAAAUGAAGAAUCUGAGAUAUCUAGAAAAAAUCUUGAGAUUUUUCAGGAAUGUCUGACAUCAGAUGACAACUGAAAUAAGAUAAUUACAAAGGCAGCUAGCACACAAACUUCUAUCAUCACAAGUUGACUUGACUGUUCAAUUUAGAGGUUCAUCAUCCUCUUUUGGGUAAAAAGGGGCCUAUGAUUUUUAAAUCAGCCUCUAUUACAUUUCACAAUUUGUUCAUGCAUCUUUUAAACAUUGAUUUAAAAAAUCACAGUGUAAUGUAUGUCUUUUGAAUAUGAUGUUUUUGGACAACAAAAGAUUUGGAUGUGUUGUCAGUUUUAAUUGUUACUUGUAAUAUUUAAUUCCCUAUCAAGACAUUGGUAAGGAAUAGAGACGGUUAAGAGUGUCUGUAUUAUGGCUUAUCUGAUACAGUGCUAAAUUUCCUCGGUUGUUGAUUUUAUUUUUGAGUGGAGGAUCAGAAAUGAAAAACAAACUCAAUCUUUAACAUUACAGAAUUUAAGGAAAAAACUUGAAGCAAUUCAAUUUCUGGAAUUCAACAUCGUGCAAGAUUAAUUUUUUUUUUGUCAUUUGUACAUUACAUCAUAGAACUGAUCCCGAGGCUUUGGUAUCUUAAAUGGUUUCAUAUUUCACAAUGUAAAUCAUUUUUAGUAUUUUGUCACAAGUAUGUACAUUAAUGUCUGUGUGUGCGUCUGUGUGUGUAAGGUAUUAUGGAUCUGAUAAACAUUUGAUAGAUAUUGUACAUAUAAUAAAUGUAGAAAAUCUUU